UAUGCAUAUAUAUAUAUAUAUAUAUGCAUUCUACUGAGCCAUUAACUUUAUGUUUGUAUUCUUAUCUUUUAUUAUUUCUUAUUGGUGUUGCAUUGCCCAGAAGGAAGCUGUCAGUAAGCAUUUAGUUGGACGGUGUAUGCCUUGUGUAUCACAUACAUAUGACUAAUAACACUUAAACCUUGAGUAGGACCAUGUGUGUUCACGAAGACCAUCUUAUGAUUAGCAGUGUUGUUUAAUGCACUGUGGACUGUUUAUAUAGACAAUCUAUGUAUAUACUGUACGUUUCUGAUUGAUAAUGCAUAAAUGUCUGUGUAAUAUCAUGUUGCACUCAGAAAGCAUGUAUAUGUAGUUUGAAAGACCUAUGUUUAUAUACAGUUUCAGCAUGUAUGGACAGGUAGUACUGUGUUAUACACAAGAUAGAAACUGUAUAAUAGUACAAUGGGUGUAUUCAUUUUGCCCAUUCUGUUGAAAAACUUUCUUAAAUGUAAGCAAACGGAAUGAAAUGGGGAGGGACAUACCUGAAGGGACAUACACCCGUGAAUGGGAGAGCCAAGCUGUUAAAUAUGGACUCUAUUCCUUUAAGAUCAGUGUCUCAGCCCUGCAGUCAGUAAACAGUAGGUAGGGAGGAGUCUCUCAGUAAACAGUACAGGCCAGGGAGGGAGGGGUUUAGGAACGUCACAUUGCUGAAGUGAAACUAGAAACCUGAAUGUUAUGAACAGGAUCGAACUUUUACACUUUAAAGAAUCUAACUAUACAGCUAUACUGUUACCUACUGUAGUCUCCAGUCCCUGGAGCCUUUUUCUGAUCAGAGGAAGAGAAAGAACAGAGUCAACAGACGCUGAGCUAUGGCUUCCUCCAGCAUUGUCCUGUCUGAAGAGCAGUUCCAGUGCUCUAUCUGUCUGGAUGUGUUCACUGAGCCAGUCUCCAUCCCCUGUGGACACAACUACUGCAAGGCCUGUAUCAUAGGAUACUGGGACAGCAGUGACCUGUGCCAGUGUCCAAUGUGUAAAAAGACAUUUGAUAAGAGACCAGAUCUCUUUGUGAAUACUUUCAUUUCUGAAAUGGCUGCUCAGCUCAAGAAGUUGGCUCCAGUUGAAGCCACAUCCAUCACCCCAGGACAAGCCCAGACAACAUCCCUUUCCAAAACCGUAGAAGUGUCAUGUGAUGUCUGUACUGAGACAAAACUCAUGGCCCUGAAGUCCUGCCUGGUGUGUCUGGCCUCUUACUGUGAGACUCACCUGGAGCCUCAUCAAAGAGUUGCUUCUUUCAAGAAACACAAGCUGAUCGACCCUGUGGAGAACCUGGAAGACAGGGUGUGUAAGAAGCAUGAGAGACCCCUGGAGCUGUUCUGUAGGAGAGACCAGAUGUGUGUGUGUCAGUUCUGCACCGAGACAGACCACAAGACUCACAAGACUGUCCCCAUAGAGGAAGAGUAUAGAGAGAGGAAGACUCAGAUGAGGAAGACUAAGAGUAAAGUUCAGGAGAUGAUCCAGGAGAGACUGCUGAAGGUUAAGGAGAUCAAACAUGCAGUAGAGCUCAGGAAGAGAGAUGCAAAGAGAGAGAUAGCAGACAAUGCAGAGGUCUUCACUGCUAUGGUGCGCUGUAUUGAGAGAAGCCAGGCUGAGCUCAUUGAGGUGGUUGAGGGGAAGCAGAAAGCAGCAGAGAAGCGGGCUGAAGGGCUCAUUGAAGAGUUGGAGCAGGAAAUCACUGGGCUAAAGAGAGGAAGCACUGAGCUGGAGCAGCUCUCAGAUAUUGACGACCAGUUAAUCUUUCUCCAGAGGUCCCCAUCCCUCUGUACCAUCCUUCCACCUACGAAGAACUGGUCUGAGAUCACUGUUCACAGCAGUCUAGGUGUAGAGACAUUGAGGAGUACUGUGUCUCAACUGGAGAAAACCCUCAAUAAAGAGAUGGAGAAGUUUCCUGAAGUCAAGUUGAAGAGGAUGCAGCAGUGUGUAGUGGAUGUCACUCUGGACCCUGAUACAGCAAAUCCUUGGCUCAUCCUGUCUAAGGACCGGAAACAGGUCAAGUGUGUUGAUAUAAAGCCGAAUCUACCGGCUAACCCAGAGAGGUUUGAAAUUCAUCCCCGUGUUUUAGGAAAGGAGGGGUUCUCCUCAGGGAGUUUCUACUAUGAGGUGCAGGUGAAAGGGAAGACGUAUUGGGCUUUAGGAGUGGCUAGAGAGUCCAUAAAGAGGAAAGGGGUGAAUCUACUGAGUCCUGUAAAUGGAUCCUGGACUGUGGAGCUGAGGGAUGGGGAGUACAUCGCUGAUGAUGAACCUCAUGUCCCCCUCACCCUGAGAGUGAAGCCCCAGAAUGUGGGGGUGUUUGUGGAUUAUGAGGGGGGUGAGGUCUCCUUUUUUAAUGUGGAGGCCAGGUCCCAUAUUUAUUCUUUCACUGGCUGCACCUUCACUGAGAGACUCCACCCACUGUUCUCUACAGGCAAAAAUCCUUCCAACACAACUCCUCUUAUCAUCUCUCCCAUCAAGUCUGACUGAGUUUAGUGAACAGGGAAUUCAGUCACACAGACACAAAGCAUAUUAUGUCCAAUAUGACUGUGUUUAUAUUUGUACAUUCAUUAGAGCAUAUGUUUGCAUAUGUUUAUCAGCUUAUUUAUUGGUAUUAUGCUGAUAUCUUCUCUGAUAUCAUAACAUUGUAUAUUACAAUGAAAAUAUAAAAGUUGUAUCUUUGAGUCCAUGUGCCAUUGUGUCUGUGCCAAAUCCUGUUGGAUUUACAAACUAGGAAUACAUUACCCUUAUUUCUCCUCUGACUUUCUGAAGAGUACAUGAUGUCCUGUAGUCAAUGUGCAGUGGAGGUGACUCUGAGCCUGCUGCAGCAUUUCCUUUUCUAAUCCUGUCUGAGGGUUGGAGUCAUAAAGCAGAAACUCCCUAAUAACACAGACUGAUUUUACACAAAUCCCUGUGUUUAAAAAUGCAGGGGUUCUCCUCGGGGAGAUUCCACUAUGAGGUGCAGAUGAAAGGGAAGACCGGUUGGGCUUAAGGAGUGGCUAGAGAGUCCAUCAACAGGGGGGGCUUUAAUCCACUCAGCCCUGUACAUGGAUACUGGACUGUGGGACUGAAGAACGGGAAUGACUAUGGAGCUCGCACAGAGUCUGGAGUCUUGCUCCCCCUCAGAGAGAAGCUCCAGAAGGUGGGUGUUUGUGGAUUGUGAGGAGGGUGAGUUCUUCUUUUAUGAUGCGGAAGAUAGAUCCUACAUAUACUCUUUCAUAGACUCCACCCACUUCUCUCUACCAGCACUAAUUAUUUAGGUGAUAACUCAGCUCCACUUAUCAUCUCUACCAUCAAGCUUGACUGAGUGUAGUGAACAUGGAAUUCAGUCAUUAAAAUGAAUGUGUAAAAAAUUUACCAUACAUUUAGUAGUAUAGGAUAACUUACAAGUUGAUGAAAUAGCACAAUGAACAGUGUUUCUCUGGUGCUAAUAGUUUAUAUUGCAAUAAUAAAAUAACAUUUGUAUAUCUAG